GUGGUGUUUAUCAGCAGUUUCCUCUCGCAGUGCAGUGACCGAUAGAGCCCGAGGAUUUUGGGCCGAAGGAGGGCGGCUUAGCUCAGGCACAGACUAAAGUUCAAAAGGGGGAAUUAGCGGCGGGAUGCCCUUGCUGAAUGUUGGAACCCGUGCAGUGUGGAGAACUCUCUCCCGUGCCUGGUACACCACUCUGGCCGCUUUGGAUGAGUCCCGGGGCGGCGGCGCUUUGCUCCUCAAAUCCAUGUCUACUGAUAUUUACGAGAACCUGGCGCUGGAGGACUGGUUACACGAGUACGUGCAGUCCCGAGAUCGGCAUGUACUCCUGCUCUGGAGGAAUUGCCCCACCGUGGUCAUCGGUCGUCACCAGAACCCCUGGCAGGAAUGCAAUCUGAAACUCAUGAGGGACCGAGGCAUUCAGCUGAGCCGGAGGAGGAGUGGGGGAGGAACGGUGUAUCACGACCUGGGAAACAUCAACCUGACCUUCUUCACCUCCAAGAAGAGGUAUGACAGGCGUGGCAACUUGGAGUUGGUUAUCUCUGCUCUGAAGAGGAUCCGACCUCAGCUGAACGUGUUAGCCACGGACAGGUGUGACCUGCUACUCAACGGAGCCUUUAAAAUCUCAGGCACUGCAUCCAAGAUUGGAAGGACAUCUGCUUAUCACCAUUGCACCUUGCUGUGCAACUCUAACAGGCUUCUUUUGUCCUCUGUCCUUCACUCACCCUACCAAGGUCUAAAAACCAACGCUACCCCCAGUAUACCUGCCACUGUGAAAAAUCUCUGUGAUGUGGAUCCCACUCUAACUUGUGAUCUAUUAAUGGAUGCUAUUGCAGUGGAGUACGCAAGGCGCCGUGGCUGUCAAAGCAAAAUUCUGCUAGUGGAUCCGAAAGACAAUUUGUUGCUACCAGGGAUUAGCAAAUUUACCGAGGACCUUAAAAGCUGGGAUUGGAUCUAUGGAAGAACGCCCAAGUUCAGUAUCAGCCACUAUUUCUCUAUGGACCCGAAUUUACCUGGGGCAGAAGUUGAAUUGAACAUGACCAUCAAUCAUGGCAGAAUUGAAAGCUGCAAUAUAAAAAUAUUUUCUGAUUGGCUACCAUCCUCAAUGUGUGAUCAGUUAGCUUCAGACCUCAUUGGCAACAAGUUUUGCCCAACUGAAACACUGAUUUUGGCAAGUGCCCAUUUAAGGAUUUGUUCCCAAGACAAUGAACUGUGUACCAAAUGGAAUGCACUAUGUGAGCAAGUUAUGGCAAUUAUGUAAUUCUUGCUCUUUGUUUUUCAUAUCAAUUCUCCACAUACAAACUUGAAUUUAGCAUUCUAAACCUUCCAGGUGGUAACUUUGUAAAGCGAAAAUAUGUGGUUUUUGUUUUGUGCAACUUCAAUGAAAAAUGACUUUUACAAAAAUGUGUUUCUUUUUAUUGUAAUCUAUGGUGCUAGGAUAGUAAAGACGGCAAAAAAUGUCUCAGGCAAUAUGAAGUUAUUUUAUUUAGUAAACAUUGAAAUAAAAGUGGCCUGUGUGGAUGAUGGACAAGUCAAAAAUCUACUGUUAGAAAUAUUUGAAUUCAUCAAUAUAAAUUAAGACAUUGGUGUAUGAAAUAUUAACAAUACAGUGUACAAAGUAUAACUUAUUUUUGUUGUAUUUGAAACCUUUAAUAGUUGGAAGGUGGAUUGUUGUGGUUCAAGAGUAGAGCUCACGACAACUUUCUCAAGAACGCUAAGGGAUGGCUAAUAAACGCCAGGUACACCUAUAUACCAUGAACAGAUUUAAUGGGGAGAUGUACUAGUAAUGUAACUGGAUUAUUAAUGCAGAAGCCCAGACUUAUGCUCUGAGGAAAUGGCUACAAAUCC